AGAAGAUAUUGGAUAUUGAUACGUUUUGGAGGCUGCUAUAGUUUGGAACGUUACUGUCGGGGUAUACUUCCUUGAGGUCUUUCUCCAAUGAGUUUCCUGUUUGGAUCCAGAAAAACACCUGAGGAGCAGCUUAGAGAAAGCAAACGAACCAUUACAAGAACUCUUCGAGAGAUCGAUAGGGAAAAAGCUCAGUUGGAGAGGGAGCGCGUUCGUGUUACAAAUGAAAUUCGUAUGUUAGCAAAGCGUGGUCAAAUUGAUGCCGUCAGAGUAAUGGCAAAGCAGUUAGUUCGGACAGAAAGCUACAUUAAAAAGUUUUCCUUGAUGCACUCAAAUAUCACAGCGUUGUCAAUAAAAAUUCAGACUUUAAAAUCAACUGCUACAAUGGCUACAGUCAUGAAACAGGUUGCUUUAACAAUGGGUAAAAUGAAUGCAACCAUGCACUUACCCCAACUUCAAAAAAUCAUGCUGGAGUUUGAAAAACAAACUGAAACGAUGGAGUUGAAACAGGAUAUGAUGUCCGAUGUAAUAGAUGAUGCUAUUGGAGAUCAGGACGAGAUUGAGGACUCUGAAAAUGUUGUGAACAAGGUAUUAGAAGAGCUUGGAAUCGAUCUUAAUGCACAGUUGAGUAAUCUUCCAACAGCCCAGGGUACACUUGGCAGCACAGUGACAAAUACAGUACAACCUCGUGCGGUUCCUGCUGCUCCUGCACCAGCAUCAGGACCUGCUCCAAAUUCUGAGUCCAGUGAUCCUAUCGAUGAAAAUAACUUGGAAGCUCGUUUAGAACGUCUUAAAAGGAAGUAAAAUCUCAAUUCACGUAUGAGUGGAUAUCGAUUUUCAGCUCCAACAACUAUCUCACCCCAUGUUUAUAUAUCCGUUUAUCUCAAGCCAGCAUAAUGAUGCUCCAAACCUUAUUAACAAACAGAUAAUAUUUUUGAACAUUCUGGCUAUUCAGACUGCUAAAAUAUUGCAAAUAACUUCUAUAAAGAUGUUUUGUAUUUUAUGUUGCAAAUCUCUAUAGUUUAUAAUCUAAAUAAAUAUGACUUUAUUUCUCAA